UUUUGCUUACGUAUUUGAAGAAAAAAUAUUUGACAUUUGUUUAAAAAUAAAAAAUCAUAUCAGGCAACAUUGGAAACAUCUUUCAAUUUAUAAUUUCAUUUUUAUUUUUAUUAUUUUAAUGAACAUUUAACUUUUAAAUGAAUACGGACGGAGUGUGAACACAUCUGCUGAUAAAAUGAUUCGACAUGGCAGCAUUGAUGAUGUCAAUGCUCACCAGUGCCUAAAGAUUUCAAACUAUGAAGAUACAGUUAGACAAUUGGAUAUUUACUAUGCUAUUGUAAAAAGACAAUUGCUGAGGUUCCAGAGUCCAAUUACAGGACUUUUUCCAAUGCUGUCUUCUGAUCUUCACAUUGGCAGUGUAAGAGAUAGUAUAUAUUGUGCAGUGGCAGUAUGGGGUCUCUAUCAAGCAUAUAGGCGUAUAGAUGAUGAUAGGGGCAAGUCACAUGAACUGGGACAGAGUACUGUUAAGUGCAUGCGUGGCAUCCUCGAAUGCUGGGUAAAGCAGUCAGCGCGCGUGGAGGCUUUCAAGACUCGUCAAAGUGCAGCCCAUGCGCUUCAUGUCAAGUUCCAUCUCACUACAGGCGAGCCUGUACUGACAGACGAACAGUACCAUCACUUGCAGAUUGAUGUGGUUUCACUCUAUCUAAUUUUUCUUGUGCAGAUGAUAACAUCUGGACUACAGAUUAUAUAUACACAGGAUGAAGUAGCCUUUGUACAAAAUUUGGUGUACUAUGUGGAACGUGCAUAUAGAACUCCAGACUAUGGUAUGUGGGAGAGAGGCUCUAAGUAUAAUGAUGGCAAACCAGAGAUUCAUGCAUCUUCUAUUGGCAUGGCAAAGGCAGCUUUAGAAGCCAUUAAUGGAUGCAAUUUAUUUGGCGAUAAAGGGGCAUCAUGGAGUGUAGUGUAUGUCGAUAUAGAUGCACAUAACCGUAACAGGAGUAUUUUUGAAACUAUGCUACCAAGAGAGUCAAGUUCUAAGGGUGUCGAUGCUGCACUAUUGCCAACAAUAUCUUUUCCUGCCUUUGCGACGCACGAGGAACAUUUGGUACAGCUGACCAAGGCCAAUGUAUUACGGCGUUUACAGGGAAAAUAUGGCUUCAAGAGGUUCAGUCGCGAUGGUUACAAAUGUGUACUCGAGGAUCCCGGCAGGAGGUACUAUCAUGAAGGGGAAUUAAAAGAAUUUGAAGGCAUCGAGUCAGAGUGGCCACUGUUCUAUGUUAUUAUGAUUAUAGACGGUGUUUUUCGUACUCUACCAGAUCAGGUAGAAGAGUACCAGAAAUUAUUGAAGGCUAGAAUUUACAUGGAUGAAUAUGGAGAUCCAGUGAUACCCUGGUAUUAUUAUGUGCCACGCGAAUAUAUAGAAAAUGAACGGAGUGAACCAAACUCAGUACGGAGGAUACCAGCCAAUUAUCCGGUUGACCAUGAAAAUAAAGACACAGGUGGACUGUUCCUGUGGGCGCAGUCGCUGUUUGUGCUGGCGCAGCUGCUGACAGGCGGUCUGCUGCAUGUCAACGAGCUAGACCCUAUACGCCGCUACCUACCGUCCUACAACCGCCCGCGCCGCGCCGGCAGAUACUCCGCCUUUCAGGCCAAGCCGACAUUUGGUAUAGCGACAGAUUUGGUGGUGCAAGUAGUACUGAUAGCGGAGUCGAUGCGGCUCCAAGCUAUGAUGGGCACGUAUGGCAUACAAACGCAGACUCCCCACGAGGUUGAACCAGUCCAGGUUUGCAGCUCUACACAACUAGUUCAUGUUUACAGAGAAUUAGGCGUUUGUCCUAAGUUGAAGCUCACAGGUCGUCCGAUACGACCUGUUGGAUCGCUUGGCACCAGUAAAAUAUACAGAGUGUGCGGUAUGACGGUGCUUUGCUACCCUCUUAUAUUCGAGGUGUCAGAAUUCUACCUAUAUAGGGACAUGGCGUUAUUAAUCGACGAUAUAAAGACUGAGCUACAAUUUGUCGGAAAAUAUUGGCGUUUGUCUGGACGUCCGACUGUGUGCUUGUUGGUGCGAGAAGAACAUAUGCGCGAUCCUCACUUUAAGCAAAUGUUGGAUUUGUUCGCGAUGCUUAAGAAGGGGCAUUGCGACGGAGUCAAGGUCCGCCUCGGACGGCUCCAAAACUUGAUUUCCAGCUCGUGUAUGGAGCACUUGGACUUCAUGAGCCAGGGUGAGUUCCCGUCGGCGAUAUUCACGCAGUUUCGACAGCUGGAGCACGAGUACAUCGGAUACCAGUCGUUGACGGACGUGCCACGCACGCUGACGUAUCGCGAGGAGGAGACGUGCUACGCGGCGCUGCGCGGGCGGCCCACCGCCGACGCGCUGCACGCGCUGCGCAACGCGCACGGGCUGUAUGCGCGCGCGCAGCUGCUCGGCCUGCUGCUCGAGCGCGAGGGGCCCAUGUACGAGGUGAACGGCGUGAGCGUACUGGAGUCGCUGAAGAGCCUGUACCAGUCGGCGGGCGAGCUGCGGCACUGGCGCGCCGUGCGCUACUGCUCCUCGCUGCUCAACCACACCGUCGACUCCAUCAGCCCCUUCAUCACCACCGUCCUAGUCAACGGGAAACAGUUAAUGGUGGGCGUGAUCGGACAAAAGGAGACUGUGUUCGACAAACCCAUGACACCCGGAGAGAUACAGUCGGUCAUGUAUUCCACCAUCCAGCCGUACGAUGUUAUCGGAGCCGUACUUCAACAGGAGGUGGUGCUGUACUGCGGGCGACUAAUCGGCACGAACCCGGACAUGUUCCGCGGCAUCCUCAAGAUCCGCGUGGGCUGGGUGCUGGAGGCGAUCCGCAUCUACAUGCAGCUGUUCCCGCGCGAGCGCCGCGCCGCCGACUCGCUGGAGAGCCUGUCGCCCUACACGCUGCGCGCGCUGCUGCAGCGCGUGCUCAGCGUGCCCGACUGGGCCGACGAGCGCGGAUUGACACCACUACAACGUCGGCAACUGGAGGGAUGCCUAUGUCGUGUGCCGAAACAUUUCUAUAUACAAGUGUGGGAUAUAUUAUUACGAACGCCUAAAGGGAUUAUUAUUCAUGGGCAGUGGAUCCCCGCGCAGCCGACGCUGGUGAACAUGUCGCGGUCGGAGCUGUCGUUCGCGCUGCUGGUGGAGGAGGCGCUGGUGCGCGUGGCGCGGCCGGCGCGGCGCCAGCUGUGCGUGGAGCUGCUGUGCGUGCUGGCCACCAUCCUGCGCCGCAACCCCGAGCUCUACCUGCAGCACGCGCUCGACCUCGACCGCCUGCUGGACGACGCGCACCACACCUACGCCAAGGACAGGGGGAGUGCGGGUGGUGCGGAGGAGGAGGAGGAGGCGUUGAGCGCAGCGCCGGUCGCCGUGACGGUGGGCUACCUGGCGCGCGCCGUCGUCAACAGCGUGCUGCAGGGCGCGGCCGCGCCCCAUGGCCAACCCUCCUGCCUUGUUUCCUAGUUUCAAACUUUUCAUGUUAUGUCAAUUUUCUCUUUUAUAUUUUAACACUUUAUCCAAAUUUCCAUACGCGACAGUUAAUCCACUGUUGUCGAAGAAAAUAUUUCCUAGUAAUUAUUAAUAAUUUUGUGAAUAUUGUUUCAGUAAUCAUCAUUGGCAUCCUCUAUUAUAUAGGGGCAUGUGCUCUUCUAGAAUGGAGUAUGUAUUCCAUUAGAUAACAAUAUGCGUGAAUGACAGGUCAGGUCAUGAAUGACUGGUCUUCAAAUGACCCUUUAUUAUAAGUAAAAACAUAAAAUGCGGUAGAAAUAUAAAAUUUUGCACAAGUUGAAAUAGAAUAAUUUUGAUUGAAUGAUGACGAUUUUUUAAAUAGAGUUGAAUUUUUUACUAAAAAUUCAAAUUUUUCUAUCUUCAUACACUAGGUACUCCUAGUGUAUGAAGUGGCUUUCACUCUCUAAUGGAGAAUGUUUAAAAUGGUUAUGAAGUAAUAGGGAUUUUAAAAUUCUACUCUACUUCGCAUAUAUUUCCUAUAAGUAUAGAUAAUUAUAUAAGACAAAAAAAGAGGCUGAUAAAAAGACAUUAAAAUCUUGUAGGUCUUAAUAUUGAAAUAAUUUACUUGUUACCCAAUAACUAUAAUGGUAGUUUUAACCCCUAGUUAUGUUUAUUAAUCUUGGAGUUUGUUUAAAUUUUUAGUUUAUCGACAAGACAGCUUUAUGGAAGUGCCAUAUUCUUUUUUUACAAAUUCUAAAAUAUAAAGAAUUUUGGUAUUUCAGCUUACGAAUAUGUUUUGCAGAAAUAAAUAGUAUUUUUGUAUAAUUUUUUUUAUUGUUGGUGUAAUGUGUUUACUGUAUGUAUCUUCUUUAUUUUAAAAUGUAUCGGUGAACAAUUUUGAGUGAGUAGGUUAAUGUAAUAAAUACUUUUUAUAAAUAUUAGUAUAGAUGUUUAAAUAUUUUUUUUUGUCUCUUCCGAAUUAUAGUUGUAGAAGAGAAACUUUCCUAUUCGGGAUUUUAACCCGUUUAAUUCAUAAUAAGUUAUAAUAGUUUAAGCUUUAAUAUUCAAAAUUGUCAUUCCUAAACGUUUAUAUAUAAUUAAUAUUUGUAAAUAUUUUUAUUUCGUGCCAUGAUCCUUUUAAUCAUGUUAAUAAAAUAUCACUUUACUUUUUAAUUAAAUAUGUAUUAAUUUUUAUAUAUAUUAUGUAAUUAAAAUGCCGUUUUAAUAUU